AAUGAAGGAAAACAAGGGUAAAGAAGUUGUGAACGAGGCUGCUGUUGCUGGGUAGGACGCACCACCUCAGUCUCACCCGUCCGUAGGUGAGAAAAGAAAAAACUUAUCACUGGGGGUUGACCUGGGGAAUCUUCCCAGCAGGCGCAGGGAGAAAAAGGUCAAGCAUAAGUCGUCCAAGCCUAAGGACGUUCAACCUACGCCUAUUCCUGUUCAUGAGCCUGAAGACGUCCAGAUCCUUGAUUCUGAGCCCAAAGAUUCACCCAUGCAAGUCCCGUCCACAGUCAAGGCGCCGUCCACCUCUCAGUCUUCUCCCCAAGCACCUCAAUACCUCAUUGGGAACGAGGAUCUGGCUUGGGAAAGAUUUAGGAUGGCUGUGACUGAUGCGGACGUGUCUGCCUGUUAUAACAUGUCUUUGAAGGACUUCGAGCAUUCUGGGGUUCAUGAUCUUUUCAAGGCCAUGUCCAAGUUCAUUGCUGCGUCCAGGCAAGCAACUGAUCUGGACAAGACGAGGGUCUUGUUAGAGAAGAGAAUCAAGGAAGUGAAGGACGAGAGCAAACGAUGGGCUGAGGCAGCUGCUAAAGCCAAUGAAGGGGCAAAGGAGCUGCAAAAUCAGAUUGAAGAGCUGAAGACUGAUGUUGUGGAGAAGGAAACUCGUCUUGAUCACUUGCAAAAGAAGAAUGACGAGCUGAAUGAUCUUCUCAAGAAGGCCAAGGAAGACGCGGUUGUAGAGUUUAAGGCGUCCAAACAGUUUACAGAUCUCUGGAUACCAACUAUGCAGCUGGGUUUGAGGACUUCAGGAUGGACGCCGUGGAGAACUUCCCCAACAUUGAUUUCAGUUCCAUCAAGCUCAAUCUUAGUGGUGCUCCUACCAGUUCCCUCAUCCAGACAAGCUCAGAAGAUGUUAAUAUAGAGGACGAUGCUACAACCCAGCCACUCCAGGAAGAGCAGAACA